GGCCUGUCUGCGGUCACUGUGUGUGUGCUGUUAGACUUUUUAAUAAGGUAAUAUAAAACGGUAAUAAAACUGUCUGAGAGGCUCGGAUACCCUCCUCCCGUUCAUCUUCACUUCGUUAUCCUUUUUGGGACGUUUUUGUCAUUUUGUUUUUACGUUUCUGACGCAUUUUGGGGCUUUUUACCUCCGCUUUUGGAGCUGUAUUGACGUUAGUAUCUACUAUCUGUUUAUUAUCUCAGAGCGGGAGGUGUUGGGGGGAUGAUGCCCUCCUCCGCGCCUCCUCCCCCGGCUAAGGUCGCUGCUGUCUCCUCUGGUCCUCCUCCUCCCCCGGCUGUCUCCUCCGGUCCUCCUCCCCCCCCAGCUAUGGUCGCUGCCUUCACUCUGCCCGCUCUGCGCGGAUCAAGCGGGGGUCUUCCAUGAGAGUUAGCCCUACACUCUGAACCACAUACGGGACAUUUGGUUUCUUCUCACACUUUUAGCACGAAAUAUCUUAGAGUGAUCGAACCCCCGGCUGCCUCCUCCAGUCCUCUCUCUGCCUCCGGUCCUCGCGCCUCCCGCCUCUCCGUGCUCCCUGCCGGCCGGCCGCCAUGAUGCCGAGCCGCCAGAAGCAGCUCCUGUACUCGGUGUCCGGUCUCCUCGGGCUGUGCUGCGCCCUGACGGCCGCGGUGUGCGCCGGGCUGCCGCUGUGGAUCAGCGGGGCCGUGCUGUGCCGGACCGGGGCCGAGCUGGUCAACGCCACCGGGCCCGAGCUGGACAAGUUCCUGGGGGAGCUGAACUACGGGCUGUUCCAGGGCCAGAGGGUGAAGCAGUGCGGGCUGGGCGGGAGGCCGUCCCGCUUCUUCUUCUUCCCAGACCUGCAGAGUGCUAUCCCAGUGGGCCUCCAUGUGACCGUGGUCUUCUUCUGUGGUGUGGUGAUCCUGUUCUCUGCGGUGGCCACCGGCUUCUUCUUCUUCAACGCCUUUGGGCGUCCGUACGAGACGCUGCAAGGCCCCCUGGGACUUUACCUCUGGACCGCCAUCAGCUGUGAGACACACACCAUUACAUCAUCAGCUGUCUGUCUGUCACACACCAUUACAUCAUCAGCUGUCUUGUGGCCCUCUGGGAAACUGAGUCUGACCGCCCUGAUGUAG